CUGAUCGUCAUCGUCAUCGUCUCCUCUCCUCUCCUCGCUCGGAAGCAAUUGCUGAUUUCAAGUUGCGAUGGUGUGCCUGCGCUGCAAGAAUUAUUGGUGUCAAAUCAUAUUCAUGUUGUCGUCUAUGCAUGGGUCGUACUAGAAAUGGCAACAACGUCGAGUAGUGCGGUGCAGCUGUACACGCGGCAGCACGUUUGGAUACGAUUGUCCAAGAAAACGCAGCGGUGCCUGGUCGGAAUUACGCGAACCGGGGUGAGUAUGCUGGACUCGGAAGUGGCACGGGUGCGGUUGCCAGCAGUUGGGUCCUAUCUGGACUCCAGGCGCCCGCCGGAUCGCGAGCCUGACUAUCAGCGUCUGAAGCGGGGGGCUGCACUGCGCGAGGCGGAGGCCGAGGCAGAACUGCGUUUUCGAAGUGGCAUUUCAGGAUCAACACUAGACCAGCAGCGAGUGAUGGCAAGGCGGAAUCGGGAUUUGUCGCAGGUUGGCGUUCGCCCACCAUGGGCGACGGCAAACGCCGCCGCGUACCGACAGCGGCCCAACCUCGCGCGAGAAAAGCUGGCUUGCGAACGCAGGUCGCAAUGGCUGGAUGCGCUGCUCGACAGCCCCGAGGAAUUAGAGGCUGCCGUGGCCAAGGACAGGGAAACCGCCAGUGGGUUUGUAUCCGACUUCAAGAAUAAUUACACGGAAGGAGAGGAUUCUCUUCGCGCUGGAAGAACAGGAGGCUCGACGCGAGGAGUCAAGAGCGUUGAUGUACUAUCCCAUGAGUGCAGCAGCCCUUUCGUGUUACUAGAGGGGUUGUACGCGGAAGCGACUCUGCGUGUACCCCUGAGUGGAAGAGUUGUGGCGGUGAACCAACGGCUCACGGACUCCCCGUGGCUGGUCUCGCACCAUCCAGAAGACCAGGGGUGGCUCUGCGAACUGCAGCUAGAAGACAUCCCGAACCACCUGUACGCAGUCUGGAAGACCCCUGCGAAGCAGCGGACGCGGGAGAGGUUCGGUGCUUGCGUUGUUCCCGGCCCCGAGGGCCGCAGUUUGUACGACCACGAUAGUGCAGAAGAAAUAAUGAACUGCGCAGAGCUGCAAGCCGCCAUCACAGCUGACCAAAGCGACGGCUUCUCUUUUCCAGACACAACAUCAGCGCCGCACACAGAGGCGCAGCUGCUGAGAGAAAACCACGACACUAGACAUGACAAACAAUUGCAACCAGAAUCAGCCGCAAGGGGCAGCGAAUUCCUUCUACGGCGAGACUAUGUAGCUUUCGUGCAGCAGCAGGCGCAACAUGACGGGGUGCUUGCAGCGUCUUCUAACACGUCUGCGCGAACAAGGGGAGACGGGGCCCACGCGGGUAAGAAUAUUAUGACUCGGAGCAAGGAGAAUCUGAUGCUGCAGCAUCUACCGCCGGAGUCUUGGCCUGCCGCGCAAUUUUUGUCUGCGGUAGAGGCGGAGGAGUUGCUGGCGCGAGACGACGCGGACGUGUGUAACUUUCUCCGGCGUGAACUGUGUCUAUCUGGCAUAACUGAAUGGGAAACGCUGCUCGUGUUCCCGCCGGAGGUAGAUAGCUACCAACGGGAUCGACUGCAUCGGCUUGCGCGGCAGCUGCAGAUCUCGUCGGCAACGCAAGAAGAUACAAGAACAGAUGUGAGUUGGCCCCGGGUUGUCAUGAUGCGGCUACAGGACGAAAAUACUACAAUUGAUGCGACAAGACGAGAUGUGCGGCAGUAAAUGGUUUGGACGAAUGAUCAUCCUGCAGACGACCAGGAGCUUAUUUAGUAGAAUAUCGAUUUUAUUCAUAUUCUUGCAACGCUUGGUGAUUUAACUUUUCAUGCAAGCUACA